AUGGUCGCUAAAAAGGAAGCCAAACCGAAAUCCGAAGAGGCCGAAAGUAAGGCUUCCGCUUCCGACAUGGACAAAGGUGCUGAAAGUAAAGUUUCCGCCGUUUCGAGUGGACUUUCCGACGCUGGUUCAAGUGCUACAUCUAAAUCCGAUACUGGAUCUAAGGUCGGUGGUCGUCCUUCCCGAUCUAAAUCAAAGGUCGGCAAAGGUAAAUCUAAAUCUCGAUCUCGAUCGAAAGCAUCAAUGUCGGAUGCCGGUGGAAGUAAGUCUCGAGCAUCAAGUCGUGGACGAAAACGAGGUGGAAAAGCUCGUGGCGGGGCUCGUGGUGGUAAAAGCAAAGGUCGUAAAUCAAGUAUGAAGGGGAAAUCGGCGAUGGGUAAGAAAGCCGGUCGAGGAAAAAGUCGUGGCCGAGGUCGAGGCCGAGGUGCAGGACGAAAAUCCCGAUCCAAAUCUCGAGCUCCAAAAUGA